GUCGUGUUCUCUCACCUCCCAUAUCUAGCCGUUGAGCCCAAAACUGUACAUCUCUCUCUCUCUCUCUCUCCUCUUCUUGCAGUUUCGUUUCGAAAGAAAGAGAACGAAGAAGAAGAAAGAACGAAACCUGCAGAUUUGUUUGUAAGAAAAAAUGGGUAAGCUUUUGUGUGAUUCCACGGCAACAUUUCAAUCUCCUUCGCCUACGGUUCCUUGGAGAGAGCCUUCAACAGCCGCCGCCGUAUCUCUCGACGACGUGGAUCUUGUUGACCAAUCCGCGGCGGCUGCGGCGGUCGAAGCGGUGGAGAAGACGAUGGAGGCGGCGGCUACGGCGUGGGAUGAGGUUUUUGGUCUUGAGGAGCAGCAAAGACGGCAUCUUAGCCGGCUUCACGCGAGGGGUGUGUUGUGGAAGCAUCCUGGGAAAGACGAUUCCUCUGCUUCCGUCGUUUUCCGUCUUUCCCACGGCGGAGAGGUUUCUUCCGACGGGAACUGUCUUUUCACCGCGUCGCACAAGGCCAUGGAGGCGCGUGGGAUCGACGCGCGAGAUUUGCGGCGGCGUACGGUGAGGAGGUUUUUGGAGGAUUUCGGAUCUGCGAGCGAGGGUGAGAAGGAGGUUAUUACGGAUGCGAUAAGGCAUAUGUAUUCGCCGGAUCUGAAGAGUGGUUGGGGGAUUCAUAUCGUUCAGGAAGAGAAGUUGUUGGCCAAGAAAGAUGAAAGGGAGACUCUAGAUUCCGCCAUUGAUGAGCUUAUUCAGAUUGGGAUGCAGAGAGAAACUGCGGCAGAGUCGAUCUACAGAGAGAGGUGUCUGCCUGUGAACGAUGGACUUAGUUGGGCUAAGUACAUGUCGAUUUCAGGGUCAUCAGAGGAUGAGUAUGACAUUAUCACCUUGCAGUAUACGGAAGAUGGGUUGUUAUCUGUAGAAGAGAACAGAGAAGGACAUGCAGCUGCGUUUGGGGAUGAUAUUGCAAUUGAAUGUCUCGCCACAGAAUUCAAACGAGAAAUCUAUGUGGUGCAAGCUCAUGGAUCAGAUGGGAUGGUAGAGGAAGAGAACUGUGUGUUCUUCCUUCCACACAAACCAAGAAGUGAAGUCCUUGAUGUCCCAGUCUUUCUUUUCAUGAAAGGCACAG